CCUGCCACAUCAACUCAUUCACAAACUGAGUGAAGCGAGAUUUCUGAGGGACUUUUGGGCUGUUUAAGGAUACUCUUGAGGAAAAAUGGAUCCUUGCGAUUGCGCCAAGACUGGAUCUUGCAACUGUGGUGCCAACUGCAAGUGCACUAAUUGCCAGUGUACAACCUGCAAGAAGAGUUGCUGUCCGUGUUGCCCGUCUGAUUGCAGCAAGUGCGCCUCUGGCUGCGUGUGUAAGGGCAAUUCCUGCGGCUCCAGCUGCUGUCAGUGAGGAGGUCAACGUGACGUUUUGCUACAAUGUGAACUUGUUUGUCUGUGCUGCGCGUCUUCGUUUUCUGAAUCGCAUGAAUGAUUUUUUUUUUUUUUAAAACAAGAUAAAUGACCUCCAGUUUUUCUCUCCAAAUCUUUUGACUGUUUAAUGUUGCAAAAUCGCUUAACAAAUGCUAAAGAGGGAAAUAAUUCACUGAUUUUGUACUGCUACAAAUAAGACCAUCACAAGCUGUCUGUUCUUUAUAAAAGGACAAUUGUAAGUUUUUCUGCAAUGCGUUUUGUCUACAAUAUAUAAAUGUCAGCAGUUA